AGCAAAGAAAAAAGAUUCCUCGCCCACCACAGUUUCCGUUUUUCUUUUCCCUGUCUUUUUCCCUCCCAUCUCUUCCACUUCACUUUCUCGUUUUCUCUCCCUCACUAGUACACAGUACUACACACUUAUUCUCCGUGAUUUUCUCUCACUCUCUUUUGUUUUCCCUACUUUCAAAUUUGAACGUAUCAAUCAUCCUACGUAAAAUUAAAAUCCACAUUCUGUGUUUGCUGCAUUCUCACGAAAAAUAUAUAUACCACCCUCUUACCUUUCUUCUUCUUCCGACUUAAAAUUUGCUUCUCUUUUCCUUCCUUCACUGUUUCUUUAUUCUUUUUAGAGAAAAUCAAAAUAACAAUAUUAUAUAAAAUAUUGCACCUUUAUUUUGAAUGUUCAAUUUCUAUUGUUUUGGUGCGAACUUGAAUGAAUUGAACUCAUAGUUUCAUAUUCAUUUACCUUCUGAUACUUUCGUUUCAUUCUUCAAUGUUGCAUCGGCGUGGAAACUAGGGCAACCAUGUCGCCGGUGAGGACAAUGACGGUGGCUGCGGCCGACGUCGCAGUGUCAUCCGACGGGGAAGCCGAGUACUCGUUUGCCGUGGCGUACAACGGACCUCCCCCGGCCUACGAUCUCCCCCGGGCGGUCCCUAUCGCCGCCGGAAAGAUUCCGGCAGCGGUUACUUUGGCGCAGGUUCCGUUCUCCGACGCGCUGUCUCUGCCGAUGGUGCAACCACUCUCGAAGGAGCUGAAAACGCCGAGUUCCGAGCCCGCGGUUUCUCCGACGUCGGUGAUCGCCUUCGACCGGAGCCACGGAGGCGGCUCCGGGAGAGUCACGGUGUCGCCGACCUCCGUGAUCGCGUUCGAAGACGCCGCCGCCGCCGCUGCAGCGGAAGCCAACGACGCGAGCAGCGAAAACUCGUUCUCGGACAAUUUAACAACACGAAGGCACUCGAAUUGCGAGAAAGAGAGUUCGAGUUUCGAUUUCAACGAUUCGAGCCAACGCGACUACGCUUCCACGCUGAGUUCCGAUUAUCCAUCGUCUCAUAACAUUUCUCCUCUGAAAACAAACGAAACCGAACCAGAACACGACGUUAAACGCGCACCUGUUCUGCGUUUCGAGGAGGAACAAGAACAACACGAAGCGAAAGAGAGGGUUAAGAGAGAAAAUGUGAAGAAAGUGAAGAAAGGUUCGUGCUAUCGCUGCUUAAAGGGAAAUAGGUUAACGGAGAAAGAAGCGUGUCUGGCUUGUGACGCUAAGUAUUGCGGGAACUGCGUGUUGAGAGCGAUGGGUUCGAUGCCGGAAGGUCGCAAAUGCGUUGGCUGCAUAGGGCUUCCGAUUGACGAGGCUAAGAGGGGCAGUUUGGGGAAAUGCUCGCGGCUUUUGAAGAGAUUGCUCAAUCAUUUAGAGGUUAGGCAAGUGAUGAAGGCGGAGAGGUUCUGUGAAGUGAACCAGCUUCCGCCGGAGUACGUUUGUGUCAAUGGGAACGAACUUGGUUUUGAGGAACUUGUCACGUUGCAGAGUUGUGCUAAUCCUCCCAAGAAUUUGAAACCCGGGAACUAUUGGUAUGAUAAGGUCUCUGGGUUUUGGGGGAAGGAAGGACAGAAGCCUUGCAGAAUUAUUAGUCCUCAUUUGAAUGUUGGGGGUCCCAUCAAACCGGAUGCAAGCAAUGGAAACACACAGGUUUUCAUUAAUGGCAGGGAAAUCACAAAAGUUGAACUUCGAAUGUUGCAGUUGGCAGGAGUUCAGUGUGCUGGUAACCCACAUUUUUGGGUCAAUGAGGAUGGUUCAUACCAAGAAGAAGGACAAAAAAAUACAAAAGGGUGUAUCUGGGGAAAGGCUGGAACCAAGCUUGUAUGUGCUUUACUGUCCUUGCCAGUUCCUUCUAAUUCUAAAUGUUCAAGUUCGUGUGGGUUUCUAUCCUCCAAUGUGGCUACCAGACCAGUUCCUGACCACUUUGAGCAUGGAAUAGUUCAUAAACUCCUCUUACUUGGUUACACCGGGUCUGGAACAAGCACACUUUUUAAGCAGGCCAAGAUUCUUUACAAAAGCACCCCCUUUUCAGAAGAUGAACGUGAAAAUAUAAAGUUGACCAUUCAGACCAAUGUCUAUGCUUAUCUUGGCAUACUCCUUGAGGGUCGUGAGCGUUUUGAAGAAGAAAGCUUCGGGAAUUUAAAGAAAAAUCAAUCUUCUGUGCUUGACACUACAGGAACCAGUCCAAAACUUGGUGACAAGACAAUUUAUUCCAUUGGCACAAGACUGAAAGCAUUCUCUGAUUGGCUUCUGAAAACUAUGGUUUCCGGCAAACUUGAUGCUAUCUUUCCAGCUGCUACUCGUGAAUAUGCUCCUUUGAUUGAGGAGUUAUGGGAUGAUGCAGCCAUUAAGGCCACCUAUGAAAGAAGAAAUGAAAUAGAAUUGCUACCUAGUGUUGCCAGUUAUUUCUUAGAGCGGGCUGUUGAGAUACUGAGGACUGAGUAUGAACCCUCGGAUUUAGAUAUCCUCUAUGCUGAAGGAGUUACUUCAUCCAAUGGGAUGGCUUCUGUAGAGUUUUCAUUUCCUCAACCAGCUCCCGAGGAAACUGUUGACACUGCUGAUCUACAUAAUUCUUUAGUUAGGUAUCAACUAAUUACAAUACAUGCGAGAGGGCUAGCAGAAAAUUGCAAGUGGCUAGAAAUGUUUGAGGAUGUUGGAUUGGUCAUUUUCUGUGUUUCCUUGAGCGACUAUGAUCAGUUUUCUGUUGAUGGAAAUGGUCGUCGCACAAACAAGAUGAUAUCAAGCAGAAAGCUUUUUGAAGCCAUUGUUACUCAUCCUACUUUUGAGCAAAUGGACUUCCUGUUGAUAUUAAACAAAUUAGACGAGUUUGAGGAGAAAAUCGAACGAAUUCCACUCACCAAGUGCGACUGGCUAUCUGAUUUUCGUCCAGUAAUUAGUCAACAUCGCUCCGGCAUCAACAGCAACAGCAUUAGCAAUAGCCCCUCCCUUGCUCAGCUGGCUUCCUAUUACAUAGGAGUGAAGUUUAAGAGGCUCUAUUCAUCUCUUACCGGGCGGAACUUGUAUGUUUCCCUGGUGAAGGGGCUGGAACCUGAUAGUGUUGAUGAAGCACUUCAAUAUGCAAAGGAGAUUUUGAAGUGGAACGAAGAGAGACCAAACUUUAGCUUAAGUGAUAACUCGAUGUAUAGCAUUGAGGCGAAUUCAUUCUCUCAUUGACAGAUAGUUCAGAUAAGAGUGUUAGUUUAAGUCAUAUCAUCUAUGACUUGGAUUCUGUUCUUUGUACAUAUAUUGCUAACUAGGAGCUGUACACGGAAGCACAUUCCUUCCACGGGCUAUUGAGUUGUAAUAUGCACUGCAGCUGUAUGCUUCAUGCUGUUGGGGUAUGUUGUGUGUUAGCACGUGCCAGUGUGCCACACGGAUGAAGUUGUAAUGUUUAAAUUCAAUUUUUCAUAUGGAAAAGUAGUAUAUUGAUGUUUGUAGUUA